AUAUGUGGGAUAAAAACCUUGUGUCAAUGUGCUGAACUGUUCCCGCAUUACCGGAUCCACAUCGCUGAAGUCCCUGGCAGUAGAAAGAAGUCACGUGUCCGCAAUGGACCGAAAUCCCCCAGCCCAGCUGGCAAGUUGAUUGGACGAUCUGGGCGGAAGUCUGAAACCCUUGGGCGGAAGUCAGAAAACGGUGCAGCCAAGAAAGCUUCUAAACGAAGAUGA